CUUUACGACUCCGCCCCCUUGGCGAUCGCGACACUUUGCGACUUCCCCUUCACAUCGCCGCGAAGAUGGCGUCCGGAAGUGGGAAUAAAAACCUGGACUUCCGUCGGAAGUGGGACAAAGAUGAAUAUGAGAAACUUGCGGAGAAGCGGCUCACGGAAGAGAGAGAGAAAAAAGAUGGGAAACCCGUCCAGCCCGUCAAGCGGGAGCUCCUGCGGCACCGGGACUACAAGGUGGACCUGGAGUCCAAGCUGGGGAAGACCAUCGUCAUCACCAAGACCACGCCGCAGUCUGAGAUGGGAGGGUAUUACUGCAACGUCUGUGACUGUGUGGUAAAGGACUCCAUCAAUUUCCUGGACCACAUCAACGGCAAGAAACAUCAGCGGAACCUGGGCAUGUCGAUGCGCGUGGAGCGCUCCACCCUGGACCAGGUAAAGAAGCGUUUUGAGGUAAACAAGAAGAAGAUGGAGGAGAAGCAGAAGGACUAUGACUUUGAAGAGAGGAUGAAGGAGCUCAGGGAGGAGGAGGAGAAGGCCAAGGCCUACAAGAAGGAGAAGCAGAGGGAGAAGAAAAGGAGGGCAGAGGAGGACUUGACGUUUGAGGAAGACGACGAGAUGGCGGCGGUGAUGGGCUUCUCGGGCUUCGGUUCCACUAAAAAGAGCUACUGAUUCCCCCCUACCUUUCCCCCCCAUCGGGACCUAUCCCCCUCUCGGACCUGACUCUGGGGGUGUGGGGGCCGUUCUCUCCCCAGGGCCCUUGGGGAAGAUGUAAGGCCCCUGCCCGGCCUUGGAGGAGAAUCUGUGUUUUUCCCCACCACCGCUAGAAUAAAGCCGGGCAGCUGAGAAGAGGCCAGGCCACUGGGCCCCCAGAUUGGGGAGCCACGUGAGGUUCAUCUGCCUCCCAGUGUUCCCAGUAGAGGCUCUUCCCGCCUCCUGAUCCUCCCACCGCUGCUCUCUGUCAGAGCCCCCCCAUCAAUGUGUCCCCCCUGCAAACCGCCCGAUUCCCAGACUUUGGUUCCUCCACCCCGGGCCUGCGAAGAAAAGGUUCUGUCCUUGACUUCCCUUUUCGCCUCGCCUCUCCCUUUUCCCCAGUGCACGUCCUGGCUGCCGGCCGCCCUCCCACCCCCGGUGUCCUGUGGUCAUAUGUGUGUGGUUUUGUGGGUGUAUGUGUGUGGGGGAGUGGUUUGUACAUGUUGUAUGCGUGCGUGUGUGUGUCCGUGAAGCAGUCACGUGCAGGCGGUUGGGUUCCCGCAGCCGGGCGGGGGGACCCGGCCUGUCGGGGUUGGGUCCGGCCGACAACGAGAGCGAGUCCUCUAAGAUAGUGCCCACCCCCGGGAUGUUCUCUCUCUGAGAGACCCCGGCGGGGACGGCACUGGUAACCUCUUCUCCGAUGAGAACAUCGCUGUUUUUCGUCUUCCUCGCUUUCCGGCUCUAACUCGAGCGCACUCGGCUGAAGCAGAAAGACCCAGGGUGGGAUUAAUGUCACACCCAGCACUCUGCAAUUUUUAAUUAAAACAAGAUGAGAAAACACGGC